GUCUCUACCGGCGUGCACCUGCUUCACCUGGCAGGGGCCUUGGCGUUGCCUCCCCUUGCCUCCUUCGGGCGUGUGGUGCGGCUGUGGCUUCGCCUCUUCUGAAGAGGCCAGCCGAGCAAUGCCAAUUUUUGCCGGCCGCCAGGCCAUGGUGGAUAAUGUUGCCCCCGCUCUAUUGCUGGCUGUGCGGGUGCGGCGUGCCACACCAUGCAGGAUGGACCCGGGACACAUUGGGGCCGCACCGUAUGGCGGCCUGUAUUUCUGGCCAAUGAGGUGCCGGGGCCUGGGCCAGCGUGUGAUGGCGGCUGUGGCAAGAAUGGCGGCAGGGCACGGCCGCCACGCUUCUGCCAGCCCAGUGCGUCUUUUUUGCUGUGUUGGCGCCGCCGGGCUUCCAGCCAGCGGCGCCGUGCGCAUUCGCCCCCGAACGGGCGCGGGGGGACAGGCUAGCGCCACCCGGCCGGGCCACCCACGAAAAAAAACGCCCCGGAGGGCGGCGCCGGGAUUCUACAGAUGCUUGUGGCGCCUGCCGCCUGCUGCUGAAAAAGUCGUAUGCGCGCAAGUUUUGCGCAAGUCCGCAGCAAGUUCUGGAAUCGUCUCGCGCUAUCCACCGUUUUGGCUCUAAUAGAAGUGGGAGAUGAGGGCGGCGGGGACGAGCGAAGCGCUCCCCCCGGGGGCACAGCCGGGUUACCAAGGAGUGCGCCUUUCUGACCUGUCCGCGCAGGGCCCCGGAAAGGGACAAAUUUAUGGGUAGAGCCCCACAUCUACCAGUGAUUUUUACAGUCACAAACAUAAAUUUAGUUGUUAUUGCUAUGGUUGGUUAAAAGGGCACUUUCCCCGUCCUUCGUCUAGUUGGUUAUAACUCACAGUUUUGUACCAGCAAUAACAAGCGCCAUGUCCUUUGCCAAGUCGGUACGCGGUUUUGUUCUGACCUGUGGUGUUUCUUCUUCCCGUAUCAGUCUGAAGAUCUCACAUGGUGGUAAGUGAAAUAUCCGUCAGGGCAGUGUUCGUCUUAGUGUCAUACAGUGUUAGUCUCUUUACCUAUAGGCGUUGUUCGUCCCCGAUUCUGUUACUUACUGCUGGUUCUGUGGUGCGUAUACAGGUUUGUGUCCGUCGUCAAGUUCUUCCUGGUUUGUUUUUUUUUCAUGUCGUCUGACCCUUUUUUUGACUCAUAUGGACUCCUGAAGGGAUCGCUCUAUCGUGAUUUUUGGUGCCCGGCUCGGUUGGUGGUAGUUCUUGCUCGAAAGUCAGACACUGGCAGCACCCUAAAUUUCUGAAAUUCCCGCCCUAAAUUUUCAUGCAUGAGUCUGGUCAUCUAAGAUCAUCUGUGCCUGUGGUCUGUGUUUGCAUUAACUUCAUUCGCAUAAGAAUGCUUACUUUUUUGCCCUCGGUCCCUGCAGAUUUUGCUUGUCGGUUGUACCGCGACAAUGACAGCACUGCAAAUCUUUCUUAAGUUUCGGCUGUGCUGCCUGUGGCCAGGUCAAAAAUUUUGGUGCGUCACAUGGCAAAAUUGACUUUUUUCGUGCGGGUUUUUUUCGGUCCUUUUCGGUCCUUCGUCCUGAUUCGUACUCGGGCUCCAGCUUUCAUGACUAGCGUCGUUCCUGGAAGGUUAAAUGUUGUCCAUCCUUUUUUGGUUUCUCAACUUCUACUGGUAUUGCUCUCUGGUUUCUCUGAGCUCUCCUGUAAGUCUAUUCAGAAAUCAAUAGCGAAGAGGUUCACAAAAUGUCCAGCUAAGUCUUGUUUGUCAGUUUCUAGCUCGGGCGCGCGGGUCUUGUUUGUCAGUUUCUAGCUCGUGUGCGGUGUGGUCAGUUCAUGCGCAGAGGCGGUCUGCUCGCUCGGUGUGGGAGGUUGCUAUGCCGUAUCUUUUCUCGGCUGUGAGCGAUGGGUCGCUUGUCUUUUACAUACGGUAUACCCCAGUCACCGGGACGUGGGGGGCAUGAUGUAUGGCCGGGGUGAUUGCAGUUUGCUAGCCGGACAGGGAAUUUUCUUGCUUCCGCUACCGAUCACGGGCUGGGUUCCCGCGGCUUCUUUCACCGUCAUUUAGGUUUGGUGGGCGGCGCCCGUUCAAAUGGCAGUGUGCGACAUGAUGCGUCUCUUUCAGGAUUUUGGUCUUGGGGGCCACAGUUUCUUCUUGUCCAUUGCUUGGCGGAUCCUCAGAGGUUGUUAUUGUGGCACGCGGCCGCGCCGGAACUCGCCAUGAUGAGAGGAUUGUAGGUAUCGCCAGGUCGUCGAGGGGGAGGGCGUAGGACCUGUCGUGCGGGUUGUUCGAGAUUGCUUACAGGACGCGUGCGAGUAGAGUGGCUCCCUUCUAUGAGAGGGAUUUCCUUCUUCGGGUCCUCACAUACACUGCUCCUGCCGUUUGCGUAGUUGGUUUUCGCUGUGAAGGAUUCAUUUUUUUUUCCCCCUCCCUCCCACCCAAGUGGCCGCUCACGUCGUGCCGGUCCGCCCGGACAGACGUGUUGGUGGUGGAGUGGGCCGUUCCCCGCUACGGAAGCUAGGCCCGGCCUGCUUCGCCCAGCCCCUUCAGGCUCGAUCCAACGGGCCGCUUGGGUGUUGGCUCUGUCUGGAUAACACUCGGAAGGAACGCAGCGAAAGUACUAGAAGUGGGAGAUGAGGGCGGCGGG